CCGCGGCGCCGCCCCCGCCGCCUCCCCUCCCCUCGCCCGGCCGGAGCGGCCCCGCGGAGGCGGGCGGGCGGUAUGAGCGCGGCGCUCUGAGGGACCGGCGGAGCCCCGAGGGACCGGCGGAGCGCGGCUUUCCCCGAGCGGCCUCCCCUGGGAGCCGCGGCGGCGGAUCGGACUCGGCUGGGACCUGCCAUGACUCCCCUGGCUCCUCCCAUGGCAUGAGCCUGAGCUCUCCUCCCCGCUCCGCCUGCUUUUGGUCUCUCUCCGCUCCCGGGCUGUCAGAUGGGAUAGGACACACCCGGGCGUGCCGGGCUCGUGCGCUGCCGCGGGGGAGCGGCGGAGGCAACCGGUGACGGCCGUCGGCUCGCCUGGAGUCGAAGAUGAGCUGGCGGUGGGCUCGCCAGCACUGGAACGGCGGCUCCUCCGUGCUGCUGCUGCUGCCUCUGCUGCUGUGGCACGGCCGGGUCCGGCCGGCCGGCGCCGACAACGCCAGCCAGGCGUACUACACCGCGCUCAUCAACGUGACGGUGCUGAGCCCCGAGCGCGGCGGCCCCACGCUGCUGCGGAUCGACCGUGGCCGCUACGGGCAGGACUCCCCGAAGGUGGAGGUCAAAGGGCUGCUGGUGGCUCCUGUCCCCAUCAACGGAGUUGCAGAUCGUCUGGGCUGUGACCCUCGAACACGUUUCCAGGUCCCACCAAACACCAAGCAGUGGAUUGCUUUACUACAGAGAGGAAACUGUACAUUUAAAGAGAAAAUACUGCGAGCAGCUUCACAUAAUGCCACAGCUGUGGUCAUUUACAACAAUAUAUCCAGUGAAGAACCUGUCACAAUGACUCAUCAAGGAACUGGAGACAUUGUUGCUGUCAUGAUUACAGAAUCGAAGGUUAAGGAGAUCCUGAAUUACUUGGAAAAGAAUAUCUCUGUCCUGAUGGCCAUAGCAGUGGGGUCCCGUGUUCCUCCAAAGAACUUCAGUCGGGGCUCUCUGGUCUUUGUGUCAAUAUCAUUCAUUGUUUUGAUGAUCAUUUCUUCAGCAUGGUUAAUAUUUUACUUCAUCCAGAAGAUCAGGUACACAAGUGCACGUGACAGAAAUCAGCGUCGUCUUGGAGAUGCUGCCAAGAAAGCCAUUGGUAAAUUGACAACCAGGACAGUAAAGAAAGGUGAUAAGGAAACAGACCCAGACUUUGAUCAUUGUGCUGUCUGCAUUGAGAGUUACAAGCAGAACGAUGUUGUUCGCAUUUUGCCAUGCAAGCAUGUGUUCCACAAAGUCUGUGUAGAUCCAUGGCUCAGUGAGCACUGUACAUGUCCAAUGUGUAAACUGAACAUUUUGAAAGCACUGGGAAUUGUGCCCAACGUGCCCUGCACAGAUAAUGUAGCCUUUGACAUGGAGAGGCUGACACGGGGGCAGCCGGCGAGCAGGCGCUCGGCGCUCGGCGACUUCGGCACCGACAGCUCCCUCAGCCUGGAGCCCCUGCGCACCUCGGGCAUGUCACAGCUGCCACAGGACGGGGAGCUGACGCCCAGGUCAGGAGAGAUCAACAUUGCAGUGACAAAAGAAUGGUUUAUUAUUGCCAGUUUUGGCCUCCUCAGUGCCCUUACACUCUGCUACAUGAUCAUCAAAGCCACAGCUAGCUUGAAUGCUAAUGAAGCAGAAUGCUAUUGAAGAAACGCUUUCCGGCCGAUUGCCUUGGAGAGAGACACCUAUUUUUAUGCAUCAUUUAUCGAUCAUGCAGCACAAGCAAUUAUUUAGUACAUUCUAUUUUUUCAUAAAAUUUGCUGAUGCCAAAGCUUUGUAUUAAAGAAAAAGUGAAGAAAUAAAAAAAAACUUUAAUUAUGAAAUCUUA